CUUAACAAUUAAUAAUACAUCAAAGUAGAAACACUAACUUAGUGACUCUAGCACGCGGCAAAUACCAUGCAACACCUUUCAAAGCCAUUUGAGCAACCGUCUAGUGGCGAUAAUAAGCGCCUCUCUUUUCCGAGUUGUCGAGACGACACUGUUUAUAAGACUGGCGAACCGUCUAUCGUGGUAGGGCGACGUGAUGGUCGUUAUCAUUACGAUUUAAACUGCGUGCCUCGUGGCUACCACUCCUCGCCCUCGUCCGUACUCGUUCUUCCUCUCCUCCUCCUAUUCCUCUUUUCUGGAAAUUUCCUCUCCCUUCAGUGGUUAUGGAACCCCGCUCUCCCCGCUACCUAUGGUUCAGCUCUACUUGCGCCAUGACCGCUGUAAGCCUCUAUAUGAACGUGCCACCAAUCUAACAUUCUAGUCAUUAGGCUACAUUCUAACAUGUCGACAUGUAUAAACAAUAAAGAAGAUCACGAUUUUAAUCCAAUUUGGACUUACUCUGAGCGACUCGACCACAAUACCGGUGAACCGCUAGAUUCGCUGUCAAUUCGAAGCGCUGAAAAGGUAGAAACACCUAUACCUUUGCAGGAAUCUAUAAAACCCAACACAACCUCUCCGGAGCCAGCUGAGUUUAGUACUCGCGCAGGGCUCACGGAUGUACCGGAAUCUCCUCGUUCUUCAUCUAGCGUGGAUUCUUAUAGCAUAUCUAUAAUAUCUGUAGGGUCUAUAGAUGAGUCUAUUGAUGAUGACUCCCCAUCCGUCUCGGACUCAUCCGUGGAAUGCAUUGGUCAUUUAGGUUUUAAUGACAUAAUUUAUUCAGAAAUCACGGCCCUUGUUCAUGACCUGGUCGUAGAAUAUACGACGACGACCGGGGGGCAAUAUUUUGGCGGGAAUGGGCAGAUUACAGCUACAUCUUCUGGUAGUCCGUUCACACAACAUCAACAACCUGCCUGUUUGCCAAAGAAGAGGGGCCGUGUCCAAAAGAAUAACGAGAAUUCUGAUGACGAAGACCUCCCUCGCCCGCCUCCAAAAAAGGAGAAGCAGAAUAAGGGAAAAGACAUCGCAAGGCAUCUGGCAUGUCCAUUUGCGAAGAAGGACCCUAUGAGGCACCAUGCUUGCUUUUCGAAGAGGCUUUCCAGAAUUAGAGAUGUCAAACAACAUCUUGCUAGAAAACAUACGCCCGAAUUUUAUUGUAAUCGUUGUUUAGCCAUAUUCCCAAACCAGAAUAACCUUCAGGAACAUAUAGGAGAUCCUGCAGGACUCUUCUGUACGCCGUCUUCGUUGCUAGAUGGCAUUUCACAAUACCAGCGCUCACGACUGUCUUGCAAAUCCAACCCAAAACUUUCAGAAGAAGAACAAUGGUUUUCGAUGUGGGAUAUCAUUUUUCCCGGGUAUGAACGACCAAAAUCGGCGUACGUCGACUUCGGCUUCUCAGGAGACUUUUGUGCAUAUAAAGAGUACUCCCACCAUCGGGCAGCUGCUGCAGUUGUCGAGGGAUUACGGACCAGUAGCCUUGCAGGAAUAGCUGCUGUGGACCAAAGCAUGUGGGAUGAGGUGCACAAAGUCGUUGCUGAUAGGUUGGACUUGGUUUUUGAAGAAUGGCAGUCGAAUCAAUCCGUAAAUAUGAUGUCACGUUCAGACGAUUCGUCCUCAAGCAGCCACAGACGAAGCAUUCAAUCCACGCGAAUCGAUGUUCCAGAUACUCCCGAAGGUAGCGGAAUUGGCGUGAACGGUCGAAGGAUGUCUAACAAGGAGCAGGCACAAUUGGACUCAGACGACCUGGAUAGAGAGAGGAGGAUACGUGAAUACAUGAUGAGAGAGGAUCCGUGGAGACCAGCUGAUGGAGAUGAAACAGUUCAUCUGAACCAUUCCAAUCCUGAUGGUGACGACGUCGAUAUUGGCUACGAAGCCUUCGUCGAUCAGCAUGAUUCCGUGCCGAUUUUAAGUUUUGAUACGUCGGCCGACUAUAUUACCGACCUGGAUUUCGGAGAGCCAACCAUCACGGACCCGACAGUAGGGUGCGAUCCUACAUAGAAACUGUGCUUCUCACGACACUACGGCGCUGAUAUUGAACUUUCUUAUAUUGAAAUUUAUUAGGCUAGUAGAUUAAAUAUGAAACUUGUAUCCGA